GUAGUAUAUACCCAUUUUAGAACUUUAAGAUUUAGAGUGUACCAUCAAAUGACAGCAAUGUCUAGCAACACACUUGUGUACUCACCAGGUACCUUAACACACCCAUACUUGUGAACGAGAUAAAAGCAGAGACAAAAUAGAUUUGCCAGUUCAUUCUUGUGCUAACUGUGAUCCAGCGUACUUUAUUACAAAACCCGAAAUAUAUCAAGUGUCGACGAGCCUGGUGCUAGGACCCUUUUAACACCCAAGACGCCAAUCGGACGCCCAGAAAGUGCCAAGUCAGUAGGCGGGGAGCAUUCAGUAGGUGAAAGAAACCUUUGUCUAGUAAGUUACUUUGGUGCGGCUGGAGUUUUCCUCACGGUCUGGUGAAUAUCGAGGUGGAUAUUGAAAAUUGUGAACUCUCCGUUGAUUGAUUUCGCGAAUUCGGACCAGCACCGCGAUUCCCAUCCGGCCAAGACGGAAAGCUCAGGAUUUUCGUGCGGUUUGGUAGAGCGCAGAUACCGGGAGUGGCGUUCGCGAAAGCUGGUGAGCUGAUAAAGGUCGGUCGGAAGACAAAACCGGCGACCAAGUUCCGAUUCUCGACGUUGUUUCGCAGCCUACCGGGAGCGGUGAGUGCCUGAGGAACGAAGGGCCUUAGACGCGACAUCGGCAAAGGUCGAUAGAGUGUAGCUUUUAUUACUGGUGAGUCAAAUUUUCUUAUUUUUCUUCUGGGACGAGCAGUGACACAUUUUGUUCCUUUUAUUUGAACCAUUUUCUUUUCUCGGGUAAUUAUUUUCACCACAGUUCUGUUGUCUGAAUAUCCUUUCAUUCAAUUGUGUGACUCACAAUAGCCUUUUUAAAGUGCAGUAGUAGAAAAACAAAAACAUGGCGCAAUCUUCGGCGCAAUCCUCUUUGGCAACCAACAUCGAGCCUUACAGAAAGGGGGCUGGGUUUACUGAAUGGGCAGAGCGUUUAGAAUACCUGUUUUCAAUUAAUGCAGUUAAAGAGGAGCACAAAAAAAGCAUAUUUAGCCACUUUAGGUGGUCCUGUUGUGUAUUCUGAAUUAAAAUUACUAUACCCUAAUACCGAUUUGAAUACUAUUGCAUACAGGGAUAUGAUUUCAAAACUAAAGGCAAGAUUUGACAAAGUGGCGCCUGAUAUUAUUCAGCGUCUGAAUUUUAAUAACCGUAUGCAACAGAAGGACGAAUCGGUCGAGGAUUUUGUCCUUGCUGUAAAAUUGCAAGCUGAAUUUUGCACUUUUGGUGAUUAUAAAUCUAUAGCCAUCAGAGACCGGGUAAUUGCUGGUAUAAGGGACAAGGCCCUCCAGCAGCGGCUCCUUAAUGAGGAAAAUUUGACACUAGCAACAGCAGAAAAAAUCAUUGCCACUUGGGAGGUGGCAGGAGCGAACUCCAAAGGUUUGGCCGACAAUAAUGUUGGGGAAAGGAUUGCUACUAUAGCAUCUGAUAAUAAACUUGACGACAAGAGGCUCAGUAAAUUAGAGCAAUUACUUGCAACAAUGAGGUUGGCUAGGGCGGAAAAUGUAGAUCCUGGGGAGGGUCACAGUAGGGGACCGGUGAAGUCGAGGUUAGGCUAUAGACAGGAUACCCCACGAAGACAAGCGAGCUACAACGAACGGUCAGGACCAUACAACCCCAGGAUGCGAGGGGACUGGAGAGGCAACCGAGACAAGCAAAAAGGACAUUAUGCGGAUUUGAUUUGUGACUUUUGUGGAAUCAAAGGUCACAUUAAGCGCAAAUGCUUCAAGCUAAAGAACAUGAAAAGGGAUGCAGUGAACUUCGUGGACCAGCAGAAUCCGGAACCCAGUAGGGACGAUGGCUGGGAGGAGCUGUUCAAUAAGCUGAAAGCAGACGAUUCUGAGAGUGAGGAUGAUUGGGAUGCAGGUGAUUUUGAAUGUAUGAAUGUGACGUCUUCCAAAAAUAACCCUUGCUUAAUAGAUGUUGUUGUGGAUGGCAAAAAUUUGCAAAUGGAGGUAGAUUGUGGUGCCUCAGUGUCAGUAAUAGGCAAAAAUCAAUUCUUGGAUAUAUUUAACAAACCGCUUGUACAAUGUGAAAGGAAACUGGUUGUGGUAAACGGGGACAGACUCAAGAUUGAGGGAGAGGCUAAUGUCUUGGUGGAAUUUCGAGGAACGGUUAAAAAUUUAAAGAUUUUGGUGCUAAAUAGCGAUUAUAAAUUUAUUCCGCUAAUGGGAAGAACAUGGUUGGAUAUUUUCUUUCCGGAAUGGAGAAACUUUUUCACUAAUAUUGGAAGCAUUAAUAGCUUAUUGAUGGACAAGGCUGAGACAACGGUCAAUGAGAUUAAGCAAACCUUUUCAAACGUUUUCAUCAAAGAUUUUACACAGCCCAUAAGAGGUUAUGAGGCAGAGUUAGUGCUAAAAAGUGAUGUACCAAUCUUUAAAAAAGCUUAUACAGUUCCCUAUAGGUUGAGAGAUAAAGUAUUGGAUUAUUUAAAUAAGCUUGAGGAACAAAAUGUUAUUACACCUGUUCAGACAAGUGAAUGGGCCUCCCCUGUUGUGAUUGUGACAAAAAAGAAUAACGACAUUCGUCUGGUAAUCGAUUGUAAGGUAUCGAUCAAUAAGGUAAUCAUACCAAAUACGUACCCUCCCGAAUAG